AUGGGUGCUCAGGGGUUCCUCUGCUCGUGCCCUCAUAAGUUCCAGGUGCGGCUCCCUCUCCCGUACAUCGUACGUGAGUCGACUAGAACAGCGGGAUAUGCGAUUAGCGAUGGGCGCCCAGUGGUUCCUCGGCUCGUGCCCUCACAAGUUCCAGAUGAGCCGUCAGGAGAUAAAACAGGGGGCAUGAGAAAGGGUUUCUCUGCUCGUGCCCACAUCAGUUCCAGGGCUCCAAGUGUCAGACGCCUGUGUGGUGGCCUGCAGCACGGGGCUCUG